AGGACUAUGAGCGUGGGCUUCAUUGGGGCCGGCCAGUUGGCCCUUGCCCUUGCCAGGGGCUUCUCUGCAGCAGGCAUCGUGGCUUCCCACAAGAUAAUGGCUAGCACUCCAAAUAUGGACCUGCCCACAGUUUCUGCACUCAGGAAGAUGGGUGUGAAGCUGACCCACCACAACAAGGAAACAGUGCAGCACAGUGAUGUGCUCUUCCUGACUGUCAAACCUCACAUUAUUCCCUUCAUCCUGGAUGAGAUUGGGUCUGAUAUCAAGGACAGACACAUCGUGGUCUCCUGUGCUGCUGGUGUCACUAUCAGUUCCAUUGAGAAGAAAUUGACAGCAUUCCAGCCAGCCCCCAAGAUCAUUCGAUGUAUGACCAACACCCCUGUAUUGGUCCAGGAAGGAGCCACAGUAUAUGCCACUGGUACCCAUGCCCUGGUGAAGGAUGGGAAACUCCUAGAACAGCUAAUGAGCAGUGUGGGCUUCUGCGUAGAAGUGGAAGAAGACCUGAUAGAUGCUGUCACAGGACUCAGCGGCAGUGGCCCUGCCUAUGCAUUUAUGGCCUUGGAUGCUCUAGCAGAUGGUGGGGUGAAGAUGGGCCUCCCAAGAAGACUGGCAGUCCGCCUGGGUGCACAGGCCUUACUGGGAGCCGCUAAGAUGCUCUUGAACUCAGAGCAGCAUCCAGGACAGCUCAAGGACAGCGUUUGCACCCCUGGGGGAGCCACCAUUCAUGCUUUGCACUUCCUGGAAAGUGGUGGUUUUCGAUCUUUACUCAUCAAUGCUGUUGAGGCCUCCUGCAUCCGGACUAGGGAACUGCAGUUCAUGGCUGAUCAAGAGAAGAUCUCCCCAGCUGCCAUCAAGAAAACCCUCCUAAAUAAGGUGAAACUGGAGUUGCCUACUCUUUCUGCACACUCACUUUCCAGCGGAGUCAAGCAGUUUAAUUGUACCCAGGCCCCUGGGGUCAAGAAGGACUGAGAUGGAUUUACCUCCCUUUUACCUAGUCUGAAACCCAUCCCCCUUCCCUGCCCUCAGGAGCUCCUAGCCAGCUCUGGUCCCUAGUACUCAGGGAGAGGAGUCUCUGCAGCAGU